UCCACCCCAGGAAUUGCAACAUGAAAAAUGCAGCAUGAACUGUCGGUCAAACUUGCUAAAUGUCCUCUCUGUCUCUGCAGGUAUGGCUCAGAGCUGAUGCAGAAGGUGCUAGAAAUGGCUGAAGGCGUAAAUGUUGGUGAGAGGCCCAACUUCCAGCUGGUUGCAGGUGAAUCGAAAAAGAGAUCAGGCUCCUGUCAUGACGGAGAGGAGAUUUCUACGAAGAUCCCACGGGUCAGCCUCCGCCCCCGCUUCGAACCCGUGCGUUUUGUCGCCAGUAGUGGCGUGGAUGAGAAGAAAAAUGAAAACAAAGCCACAGCAGGGACGAGCGUCGUCGCACCCGCAGACUCGGCUGCCUCAGCUGCCUCAGCCUCGUCUUCUCCGCAGAACACUGCAGCGUUCGUGUUUGACCCCUGGGCCAGCAGCGCUGAGGGCGACACGACGAUUCACGGCGCUGGGGAGCAGCAGCCUGAGGUUCGGCAGCACUGUUCGGUUGGGACUGAGGCACCUGUCAUAAAGCAGUCUAAGCCAGCUAGUGUCAGUAAAGGCCAGAGAAAGUCCCAGCGCAGGGGAUUGGGCUUUACAGACCAAGAAGCAGCACACACAGCUCACAAUGUCCACUCUGUACUCCCAAGUUCUAGUGAACCCAAGUCCAUCUCCCCAGAUACCUUGAAUAAAGGCCAACAAUUCAUCACCAGGUUAUCUUCUGCCAUAGCUGUCACUUUGGGGAACCCAGGACACAGGUCCACGUCAUAUUACAACUCGGUGCUGAAUCGCAGCCUCGAGGCUGUUAACAGCAACCUGGAGUACACUUACGUCAGUUUGCAGGACCUGUCACCCGGAGAGCUGCCCAAGGACCUUAAGAUCCCCAGUGAUGGAUAUGCCUGUGAGCUGCAGUGCCAGAGUGUUUGUGUCGCCACUGGCUACGCGGGGACGAAGAAGGCGGCUAGGAAGCGAGCCUCAGAGAUGGCCGUCAAACUUCUUCAGAUGCCGGUGGAAGUGCGGGUCAUGCGACGCCGACACAGGUAUGAAAUGGUGGCCUGUUCCAGGGACGACUCCGCCCGACAACUGGUGACACCUCUCAGAGACCCUGCAGAUAAGUCAGCACCCUGUGGCGGAGACAAGGAGGAGCGGGGGCGCUGGUCUAAUUUUGUGGUUGUCGAGAAAGCGCAGGGGGCCAUUAAUAUCCUUAGUAACUCCGCGGAUCUCAACGGCAUGACAGUCGACUACAGGUUUGACGAUCUUCCUGUGGACGGCCUCUGGCGGUGCUGCGUCUGCUUGGAUGGGGAGCCAGUCGCACAGGCAAAGAGUCGGAGCAAAAAGACUGCCAAGCACGCGGCGGCCGAGGAGGCCUUGGGGAAGCUGCGGCAGAACAAGGCAACCAGAGAGGAGCAGUGGAAACGUGAGCAACAACAGCAGCAGGAGCAACGGAAGCAGUACGGAAGCACCAACCUGCACCUGAAGGAGCUGGUUAUACUGGAGAACGCUUCCAACGCUGUUGGUGUCAUCAACAACACAGCUCAGUUCAACAAGGUGCCCGUCGACUAUGAGUUGACGCAGCUGCCUGAUCAACAGUGGAAGUGUGAAGUGUUUCUGGCUGGCCAGUUUGUGGCCGAAGCUGUGGGCCCCAGGAAGGGUGUGAAGCAGAUGGCAGCGGAGAUGGCCCUUGGCACUCUGAGGCAGACGCACGUCGUGGUCAAGAGGAGGGAGCUACAAAAGGACAACGAGGACACCAUCUCACGUGAGCAGAUAGCUGGCCGCUCGGACCCUGCUGCAGCACUGCCAGCCAUCAAAGAUGACAACAUUGGGAACCAGCUCCUGCGCAAAAUGGGCUGGACCGGUGGCGGACUGGGCCGUGAGGGCGAGGGAAUCGCUGAGCCGAUCAAUGUCAAGCAGCAGACCAAGAGGGAGGGGCUGGGGCUGGAGUCGCAGAAGCCCGCUCAUGAGCUCAACAAGAGGGACCUGGAGGCCAUCAUCCAGAGAUACUCCACCUCGGAACGGAGCGACGACCUGCGCUUCUCCGCCGAGCUUGACAAUGCGGAGCGCAAGAAGAUCCAUCAGCUGUGUCACAAGUAUGGCCUGCGAAGCAAAUCGUAUGGCCAAGGCACCCAGCGCUUCCUCAUUGUUGGCCGCAAGAUACAGACUGAACAGCUCAUUGGGCAGCUUCUUAAGGGGGGCCAGGGUGGCCAGUAUGAGCUGGUGAAGCCGCAGGCAUGAUGCCAAAACUAAACUAGGCGAGACGAGAAUGAAACUGCUGUGACGGACUGAGAUUCAGAAACCUGUUACAGCAAGUUCUCUUGGGUCUUUCUAUUGGCGAAAUGGAAGGUUGCACUUUAUCAUACACAGUCAAUACCUGAACCUGGCCAAUCCAAGCGGACACUUGGUAACUUUGCCCUGAUGAUCAGGAGACCUUGCAGAAGUGGUUCUUCUUUGUGUGUCUUAGAAAGUACAUACAAAAAUGAAGCUAUUCUUAUUUGCCUGUUUGGUCGUGCGUUUGAAUCCGAAAAGCCAAUUUAUUAUUUGUUUGUUUAUGUUGAAAUCCAAAACAGCCGCUUUUAAACCCAUAAGCCAGAGGAAGUCUGUAAAUUCAUUAACUUGUACUGUUACCAAUUUUAUAAUGGGGUCAUUGACCUUUUCACCACUGUUAUGUCUUGUCCUACAAACCCUCAGUGAUUACAAAAACAUAACAAGACAAAACUGAGCUGAAAUAUGUAAUGGUUAUAAUACAUGGCCAACACUAGCUUAAUAAUCUUAGUAGUUCUUUUAGUGAACUAUACUGAAAAGUCAGAAUUAGAAAAUAGUAUUGGAUGUGUCCGACCACGUCUUGUGCAAACUGUGCAUUCUGUGGCUUUCUCUGUCCCAGCACUACUCACUUGGAUCUCGGGUUGCACUGUCUGGGACCAAAACGCAGCCAGACUGUGCAUUUUUCUGCUCGAACGCAGAAAUGAAUCAAGUGAGGGUUUGAGCGCAACAAAAACCUCACCAUUCUCCAUCUCUUGUGAAUUAGUUGAGGAUUAGACCAUAAUAUUGCACUAAAGUGUCCAUGUUAAAAGGAGGAUUGGGGCUGAAACCAAACUGAACUUUAAUGUCAGUGUAUUUCUUUCUGUAUAAGAGCUGUAUCGUACCUAUGUCACUGUCACGCGACUGUUUUCACAGAGUGACCACGACUGUGUCUUUAUUCCUUUGUUUUAUUUAGAUUUCAGAAGAUUCCCUUUGUACUCUUGCAUCAGUUUGAUGCUUGGACAGAUAUUGAGCUGAAAUUGUUGCUUGUGCCAUGAUUUUCACAUAACAGGAGAAGGUGCAUUAGUGUAGAAAUGAAGGACCUCAUUAAAACACACUAGCAGCUGCUUUUCAAAAUGUCAUUGUCACCACAUUUACACUCACCUAUCGCAUUAGUGGCAUCCUUUCUAAAAUGCAGGCAAAUCUACUUUUAAAAUGGCAUACUGGGCUUACUGUUGUGAGCAGAUUAUUACCAGUAUGAAAACAAGCUACAGGUCAGUCAGUUUUAGGCAUAAUAAAAAUCUAAGAAGCCUCAUUUGGUUUACACAUAAAAGCUGUUUUUGUUAAUAUGUUCUAACUGUAAAUAAAUAUUUUCAUGUUCUGUACA